AUGAUGCAGAAGACGUCUGAGCAUAAAAUCGCUGAUGGAAGUGAUGGAACUCAAGUUUUCCUUGGUUUGAAGGAUGACGGCACUGAGGUGGCUGUGAAACGAAUGAUUAGGUUUAAUUACCAAAUCCUCAGAAAUGAGGAGGAAUUUCUACGGCUUACAGAACUUGAUAGUCCCUCUAUUGUGAGAUAUGUGGACUUUGCUGAAGAUGACAAUUUCGGAUACCUUGUUCUUCAGCUUUGUGAGUACACACUGGAGGAAUAUAUCCAAGACCAUUUACCGGAUGACAGCGCUGAGAGAUCUUUGGUUCUGAAGAAGCUGGUGAAGGAAGUUCUCUGCAGUUUACAGGUUUUACACGACCAGAAAACCAAAGUACUCCAUCGAGACAUCAAACCCCAGAAUGUCCUGAUUGACAUAAAAGGAAAAGCCAAAUUGGCUGAUUUUGGCAUAAGUCGCCGUCUGAAACAGGGUGAAACCACUUUACGAACAAGCAUCGCUGGAACUAAAUGCUGGAAGGCAAAAGAGAACAUAAAUAAAAAGUUCAACACUGGAUACAAGAGGAGCUCCGACAUUCAGGUUGCUGGGAUGUUAGUCUACUACAUUCUCUCUGGAGGACAACAUCCAUUUGGUGAAGAUGUGGAUUGUGAGUACAACAUUUCACGAGGAAGAUACUCACUGAAGCAUCUGGAUGAUGAUGUAGCGAAGGAUCUCGUCGAGUGGAUGAUUAAUGAAGAUCCAAACAACAGACCGACUGUGGAGCAAACCCUUGCACACCCCUUCUUCUGGACUGAUGAACGGAAACUGCGGUAUCUGAAAAUAUUGGGAAGCGAGAAAGAGGCUGAAAACUGCCGUAAUGCAGAUGAGGAGCUGCUUAAUGCCGUCUCAAAAUACACAGAGGGGAAAAGCUUUUCUGAAUGGAAGACUAAAUUGCCGUCUGAGCUCGUCCAGAAGCUGGAUGGUAAGAAGAAAGCCUAUCCUGAGAACACACUGGGUCUGCUGCGAUUUAUACGCAACCUACACGAGCAUUAUAAAGCUGAUGCUGUAAAAAUCAACCUGAUGGCGUUAUUCCCUGAUCUCUUUGGGAGUGUGUACUUGUUUGCCAAAGAAAGAGGAUGGAACUCCAGAGAAAGUGUCGUUAUGGACAUCAACUCUGGACAUCUGAGAUAAAAUCUCAUUUUGUUGGCACCAGUAAUUUCAACAGUGGCUGAACAAAAAUUUUACGCUGACACAAUAUUUUAUGCUAUUUUUUUUGUCAGUUACAAAAAACUAUUGCCUUAAUGUUUCAACAAAACAAAAAAAUACAUAUUCAAUUUAAAAUAUUUUGUAAUUGCAUGUAAUUGAUCUCAUGGAUCAAGAAAACCUUUCAGUGCA